CGUGCUGGCAUUGCUCCUGUGUGUUAUUAAUUAUUCUCUAUAGAUUUUAUUCGGUAGGGUCUUCAAAUGUAAUUUUUGACAUUCUAAAUGGCAAUUAUUACAGACUGCUGUUGGAAUUGCCAGCUUUAACAAAGUUUUUUAUUUACUUUCUGCAUCUAUAUCUUCCCCCACCUGCAAUGAUGUCGUACGAUUAUCCUCAUCCAGUCUCGAGAACAUAUCAAUACAAAAAGAUAACGAAGCCACUUUUGGAAAGGAAGAGGCGAGCGCGUAUAAAUCGUUGCCUCGACGAACUUAAGGAUCUCAUGGUGGACGCUUUACAGACCGAGGGCGAGAACAUCAGCAAGCUGGAGAAGGCUGACAUCCUCGAGUUGACGGUGCGUCAUCUGCAGAAGCUGCAGGCCUCGCGAAACGCCGGAUCGUCGACGACGAUUACGAGCGACGAGGAUAUUUCCGCGGAGAGCCGCUGGCAGUCCGGCUUUGGGCAUUGCGCGGCGGAAGCCUGCAGAUUUCUCUCGUCGCUUCCAGGUGAAGCCGCGGAAAGGCUGGCGAGACACCUCGCAGCUGGCCUUCAAAGUCGGCAAACAAAUUCAUCGCCGAAAGCCAAUCUGUUAUCGCCUACCCUGGUCAAUCUGGAUCGCGUCGCCAACGUCGUGGCACCUUGUGGUCCCGUCGCCACCUCCGGUGAAAUUGACUCGGCGAGACCUUCCGCAAGCGUGUCGCCAGAGAUCAAAUCCAUGGUCCGCGCUGAUAAGACUGUCGACGAGAUCGAUGACGCGGGCGCGUCGACGACAACCGUUUCCUUCACGCCACGAUGUCGGGCCACGAUGUCGCUCGUUGAGGCCGAUGAGAAAUUAACAGUAAAUUGCAGCGGCAAACCGAAGAGUCUGAGGGAUCGGCGGUCAACGACGACGACGACGACGACGAUGAGGAACAAAACGAAUGACCCGCAAGACAUUAACGCCGAUGACGAUGAAGAAAUCGACGUCGAACGCGUGGACGAGCGCGACCCGAUGUGGCGACCGUGGUAGCUGUAAUGAGCCGUCGAUGAGAUGCAUUCCCUAUUCAGAGACUGUCCCAGAACGUACCGUUAUUCAUCUCAUAUAUACUUUGACGUUCUCGAAGUUGAUUAUUUUUUUUUUUGAUGAAAAUGUUAAGGCGCUGAUUAUAUUUCGGACUUGUAAAUGACUGAGAGUGAAUAAGCAAACAAAAUAUAUAACAGAUGUUUAUUAUUUACUUAAUUGCAGGUUUAUAUUAUUUAAAUUUAUAUUAUUUUAACUUAAGGCUUAAUUAAAAAGUAGAGAAGUCUGAUGUGUGCGUUGCAUAUUAAAAUAAUAUGUAAUAUUUUUUAGAUUUUGCAGUUAAGAGUUAUUGAGAAAAA